CUUUCCUUCCCCUUUCCCUCCAUCCUCUCAAGAAGAAGGAAAGAAUUGAUUGUCCCCAUCUGGAAGAAAAAGGAUCCGACCUCAUUACUUUUUCAUCACCUGGCUCGGGUUCGAAACUAAAAAGCUUUUGAACAAAUCGGGAUGCCACUGUAAUCGAAAAACACACGGCGUUGUAUCGAACGGCUGCUCGCCCGAGCAGAUGAAGACAGAGGCAGCGACAGUGUCCUAAUCCAAAUCCAAUACGUCUCUUGGGCCUAUCUCUCUAUUCAUUUCUUCGGUCAUUGUUCGUGAAAGAGCAGGUGGAGGCGUGAUUCCUCGGACUUCGGAGUCGUUUUAUCGUGAUAUACCAAAGACCGGAGAAUCUUGGAAGGCCCGAAACGUUGCAGGGAUGGGCUUUUUGGAUCUCUUCGUAGUGGCUUCUAUGCCCGUCCUCAAAGUGCUCCUCAUCACAGCACUUGGGUUAUACCUCGCCCUCGAUCAUGUCGAUGUCAUGGGUGAGGCCACGAGAAAGCAAAUGAAUCGACUAGUAUAUCUCGUGUUCAAUCCGGCACUGGUGGCCAGCAAUCUCGCCAAUACAAUUACUUCGGAGAGCAUCCUUCUCUUGUGGUUUAUGCCGAUCAACAUCCUUCUCACAUUUGUUAUCGGCUCCGCAUUGGGAUGGAUACUCAUAAAAGUGACACGAGCACCGCGGCAUCUAAAAGGCCUCAUUUUGGGCUGCUGUGCUGCAGGAAAUUUGGGUAAUCUGCCGUUAAUUAUCGUCCCGGCAGUGUGCAAAGAAAAGGGAAGUCCAUUCGGAGACCCAGAUGUUUGCCAGACAUAUGGACUGGCUUAUGCUUCACUAUCCAUGGCGAUUGGAGCCAUAUACUUGUGGUCAUAUGUUUACAACAUCGUCCGGAUCUCCUCGAACAAAGUCAGCAGUGAAGUGAAGACAGAAGAGUCAAUUGAGGAUGCGAAAUCUGCCUUUGAGACACACAAGUCAGCUCAAGAGCACACGCAACCGCUUCUUUCUCUGGAUAAAGAUGCUUCGUAUGACCUGAUGCUUCCUUCAACCAUUUCCAAGGCCAAUGGACAGGUUACAUUGUGGCACAAGGUAAAGCAAUGCAUGGCAACGAUUGCAGGAAAGAUUAAUCUGGGAUCUAUGUUGACGCCGUCGACUUCUGGAGCGAUGGUUGGAUUUGCGAUUGGCUUAGUGCCUUUCAUACGGCAUCUGAUGAUAGGUACUGGUGCUCCUCUGCGCGUCUUUGAAGACACCGCUUCUUUGCUCGGUGGCGCAGCUAUCCCUUGUGUUACACUAAUAAUGGGAGGCAACCUUCUUCGAGGAAUGAGAGGGUCGGGUAUGCAGCUGUCUCUGAUCGUUGGAGUCCUAGCAGUCCGCUACAUACUCCUGCCUCUUUUCGGGAUAGCUAUCGUGAAAGGCGCCCUUUAUCUCGGCCUAAUUCACUUCGAUCCGCUCUAUAUGUUCAUCUUGCUACUGCAAUUCGCACUUCCUCCGGCGAUGAACAUCGGCACCAUAACGCAGCUGUUCGGAGCAGGGGAGAGCGAAUGCUCGGUUGUUAUGCUGUGGACUUAUGCCUUGGCUUCAGUAGCACUCACCCUAUGGUCGACCUUCUUCAUGUGGCUUGUGUCUUGAACCGAGCACCCGAUACCAGAAUAUCCGCAUUCUUUUGAGGGAUUUUGCCCACAGUACAAUUUUGAUUAGUUCUCCUGAGGAUACUGACAGUAGAUGCAUUGAUAUUCAAUCAUUGAUCAGCUGUGAAAUAUUCGGGAAUAUUUUUGUGUUCGAGGAACACGACAUCGUCUAGCAUAUAAUUGUCUGACUCCUCUUCCUUUCUAA